GGUCAGUGUAAAUAUGCGCCGUCCAUGUUCCUGUGACUGUACAUGUGCCUUUUCUGCCUUCUGUAUGUUGUGUGCCUGGCGUUGUGUGUUGGGAGGUAAAAGGAGGCGCUGAGGACUGGGACCUGGUUUAUGAAUAAACAUUUCAUGGGAUGGUCUGAAAACGACAGUUCUCAUGAAUCUUUGUGAUGAUCUCAUGGCAGACCAGAGAAUGGACAUCUCCUCUACGAUGAAUGAGUUCAUGUCUCCCAGCUCCACUGAACUCAUCAGCAGUUCCAUCAGCACGUCCUCCUUGGACUACACCCGCAAGAGGAAAGGCAGUGCCACCGACUACCAGGACAGUAUGGAUAUGGACAAGGACAAGCAAAUUGGAAGGGAUUGUAUUGAUCAACAAGGCCGGAUAAAGAACGCCAGGGAGGCUCACAGUCAGAUUGAGAAGCGACGCAGGGACAAAAUGAACAGCUUCAUCGACGAGCUGGCUUCACUAGUGCCUACCUGCAAUGCCAUGUCCCGUAAACUGGACAAACUGACUGUAUUACGCAUGGCCGUCCAGCACAUGAAAACAUUACGAGGUGCUGCAAACCCUUACACUGAAGCAAACUACAAACCAGCUUUUCUGUCAGAUGAUGAACUGAAACAUUUGAUACUGAAGGCUGCUGACGGCUUUCUCUUUGUGGUCGGCUGCGAUCGGGGAAAGAUUCUUUUCGUUUCCGAGUCUGUGUACAAAAUCCUGAACUACAGCCAAAACGACCUGAUUGGCCAGAGCUUGUUUGAUUAUUUGCAUCCUAAAGACAUUGCCAAAGUCAAGGAGCAGCUGUCCUCAUCCGACACGGUGCCAAGGGAGCGACUCAUUGAUGCCAAAACCGGGCUUCCGGUAAAAACAGACAUCGCGCCGGGUCCGUCCAGGCUGUGCUCUGGGGCCCGGCGCUCCUUCUUCUGCAGAAUGAAAAGUAAUAGACCUCUCAUCAAAAUGGAGGACAAGGACUUCGCCUCCACCUGCUCCAAAAAGAAAGCUGACCGCAAAAGCUUCUGCACCAUCCACAGCACGGGCUAUCUGAAGAGCUGGCCACCCAUGCAGAAGGGCUUGGACGAGGACAACGAGCCCGAUAAUGAAGGCUGUAAUCUGAGUUGCCUGGUGGCCAUCGGCCGCCUUCACCCCCACAUCGUCCCUCAACCGAUGAAUGGAGACAUCCGCGUCAAACCGACCGAGUACGUCUCACGCCACGCCAUCGACGGCAAGUUCGUCUUUGUUGACCAGAGGGCCACUGCCAUUCUCGCCUAUCUACCGCAGGAGCUGCUGGGGACGUCUUUCUAUGAGUAUUUUCAUCAGGAUGACAUCGGCCAUCUCGCCGAAUGCCACAGACAAGUGCUGCAGAUGCGAGAUAAAAUCAACACUAACUGUUACAAGUUUAAGGUGAAAGAUGGCUCCUUCAUCACCCUGAGAAGUCGCUGGUUCAGUUUCAUGAACCCUUGGACCAAGGAAGUCGAGUACAUCGUCGCUACAAACACAGUCGUCUCGGCUGGUACACGUGAUGGAGCUGAUCCCAGCUAUCUCCAGCUCACUGCCUCCCCCCAGAGCAUGGACAGUGUCCUCACAGCUGAUGGUUCUGGAAAACGAGCUCUGCAAACAGUGCCUGGCAUUCCGGGGGGCACAAGAGCCGGAGCGGGCAAGAUCGGCCGCAUGAUAGCAGAGGAGGUGAUGGAGAUCCAGAGGAUAAGAGGCUCGUCGCCUUCUAGCUGUGGCUCGAGCCCACUGAACAUCACCAACAGCACACCCCCUCCAGACACGUCUUCUCCAGGGAGCAAUAAGAUUCAGAAUGGUGGAACUCCGGACAUUCCUUCAGUGGGGAUGAUGUCAAGCCAGGACUCCAUAGGAUACCCUUACUCUAACAACUCACUUUUAAGUGAGAAUUCUCACAUCAGCAUCGGGGACAUCAUGGACGAGCCCGGUUCCAGCAGCCCCAGUAACGACGAGGCAGCCAUGGCUGUCAUCAUGAGUCUUUUGGAGGCUGAUGCUGGACUUGGAGGGCCCGUGGACUUCAGUGAUCUCCCAUGGCCUCUGUGAGAUGAGAGUAUCACUCUCAGCUGAGGGAUUGGGACACAACCAAGGGAGCACGGCUCUCCUUCUUCAGUCAGUGCGUUUACAUACACAUCCAAAUCGAGCUACUGUCGGUAAUCGAGCUAAGGGUCCCAGCAGGGGUGCCAGAGAAAUCCAAUCCUACAUGCACACAAGGAAAUCGAGCUAUUGUGUGAAGUACAUUGUGCACCCGAGCCACAGGUGGCGCUACACGCCCCAUCGUGUUGGUACACUUCCGGUUGUCGUCAUGAAGAAGAGCUAUUCAAGAGUGUAAACAAAGUUAUCAGUUCCGUGUUCUGCUCGCCAUUUUCUCUUCUUCGUUCGUUCGUUCUCCUUGUUCCUCCUGACCUCUUCUGCUGCUCGCUACUACUACUGUUGUCAUGCCGACCGAGGCUGUUGUGUUUCCCGCUUGUGGUCUCGUCACUCGUCACUUCCAGAAGGGGCAGUGCUGAAGUAAGUAGCUCGACUACGUAGCUCGAUAGGGUUUACAUGCACUAAGUAGCUCGGCUACAAUCGCAUAAUCUAGGUCGCGUAGCUCGAUUACGAGAAAUCCAGUUCGGUUCGAUUUCAGCCGAGCUAAGGUGUUUCCAUGGCAUUUAGAACUUCGAUUUCAGUCGCUACGGCAGAAAUUCGAUUUUCUCUAUGUGCAUGUAAACGCACUGACUGUGUCUAUCAUCAGGCCCAGGUUUUAACAUAACGCUUGACAGACUAAUGGUAAGGAAAGUGUUAAUAGCGUGCCAUCAUAAUCUGUUAUUCUGACAAACGUUCCAGAAACACUUCCCAGCAACGCAAAUCAUCUUUCAGGAAUUUUCUCGGUAUACAGAGUGGAACACUGGAAUCAUCCAGUUUUGUGUACAAGGCACAACAUUUGUUGUAUUUUUGUCAAACUGACAUGCAGAAAUCUUUAAUGUACACUCGCCUACCACAUUAAUAGGAACACCUGUACACCUGCUAAUCAUGUUUCAGCAGCACAAUGCAUAAAAUGAUGCAGCUCAAAGCGUCAGUUAAUGUUCACAGUCACGUUAGACUGGGCAAAAAUGUGAUCACAGUGACGUUGAUCCUCGGUGCCAGAUGGACUUUUCACAGAAUGGUGCAAAAAAAAAAAAAAAACGAGUGUCAUGAGUGACAGUUAUGUGCAUGGAAACACAUUGUUGAUGAUUGAGGUCAGAGGAGAAUGAUCAGAUUGGUUCAAGUUGUCAGGAAGGCUAUGGUAACAGAAGUGACCACUCUUUGCAACCAUGGUAAGCAGAAAAGCAUCUCUGAACAUACGAAUCUUGAUGCAAGUCAGCCAAGACCAGGAAUCUGAGGCAUCUUAUCUCAUCUCAUUAUCUCUAGCCGCUUUAUCCUGUUCGACAGGGUCGCAGGCAAGCUGGAGCCUAUCCCAGCUGACUACGGGCGAAAGGCGGGGUACACCCUGGACAAGUCACCAGGUCAUCACAGGGCUGACACAUAGACACAGACAACCAUUCACACUCACAUUCACACCUACGCUCAAUUUAGAGUCACCAGUUAA